ACAACAAAAGACUCAGCCGGGAGCUGAGACGGGCCGACGCAACAGGGAGCCUCGAAGGAACGGAGAGGACCGCCGCCCUGCAACCUACCUCAGCCGCCGCCGUCCAGCCACGACGUUCGCAAGGACGGAAAGAAUAGAAUGAAUUUGACUCCUUUUUAUGUUGGUACUGAAAGAGUGGUUGAAGCUCCAACUCAAGUUUUUGUAGCAACUGUUUACAAACCAUGCCUCUCCUCAUCCAGUGCCUCAGCUGAUAAAAGUUUUUAUGCACUUUAAUCUUCUACCUGCACCCUUAAACUUUGGCUGGUACGCUGUGGAGUGGUACCUCAUCCUGUGGGCGCAAACAAGUGCUAGCCAGAGUCUUGUUUUGUCUUAGUAAUGUUCCAGAGGCUGAAUAAUAUGUUCGUGGGAGAACUCAGUGAUUUGCCCAGCCAAGAACCAGAGUUCAGUGAGAAAGAAGAAGAAGAAGAGUGGAUUCUGGUAGACUUUAUCGAUUCCUGUUCAAACUUCUCUACGGUUGAUGAAGACGAGGAGGAGGAGGAAGUGGAUGACAUCUGCAAACCACCUCCUGAUGACCACUCACCCAUCUUCUCUUGUCUGCCUGAUUCCUUGGACUGCUUGGCAGAUGCCAGUGAAUCCUGCUUCAUCCAAUUAGACUCGUGCUCCAUGGAAGAAAGCUGGUUCAUCACUCCCCCUCCGUGUUUUACAGCAGGUGGUUUAACCACUCUCAAAGUAGAAACCAGCCCACUGGAAAAUCUGCUCAUUGAACAUCCCAGCAUGUCUGUAUAUGCAAUCCAUAAUACCUGUCACAACCUCAACAAGAACAAUUGUGAUGAAAAAGAAGAACAGGAGGAAGAGGAGGAGGAGGAGGAGGAAGUAGUGGAGUCCCACGAUGAAAGCAAUCAUAGAUCUGAAGUCCAAAACAAAAUGGACCAACACGUCCAAUGCUACAUUGCUGCACUUGCUGCCCACUCAACUUUUCUUGAACAAAGUACCAAGAGUUUUCGUCCUUCCCAGUGGAUAAAAGAGUUCAGCGAAAGACAAUCCCUGAACAGAAAUUCCCUCCGUCGCCAAAAUCUCACCAGGGAUCCCUACACGCGGCAACUCAAGAGCAGCGGAUUUUUUGUUCACCAGCCUUGCCAGCGUCAGUAUAAUUACUGAGAGUGUUUUGCAUUUUUCUCCCCAGAAAUAAUAUUUGUUAACUAUUGUGAGACAAUGAAGGUGAGAACUGUCUUAGGAUGCUCGUGAGUUGUUUUUUACACAAUCACUGGAGUGUUACAAUUCAGUUGAAAACCACUUUGAUUUCAGUGUCACAAAAUGCCUUUUCAAUGUUUUGUUUGUAGCAGGUAAAACAUAUGCAGUAUGUGUAGUAAUGUGUGUGUGAUUGUGCCUCUCUGCCUCCCUAUGUCAGACUUUAUAAAUUUUAUUAGGUAUGGAUGGGUUUGUUUGUUUUUUAUAUUAGUAUUUACAGCCAAGUUAUAAGGCCUCUUUCAGCCAUCUUGUAGUUACAGAAUUUCUCAGGGUCACCCAUACACUUUCAAUGAUCUGUGUAUACUGUAGAUUGUCUUUUAAAAUAUUAACAUGACCAUCAAAAUACAGGUGGCCUGAAUGGCAUUAUAUUCCUAAUAUGGAAUUUAUUUUCUAUGUAGCAGUAGAAGGAAGGCAAAGAGGGAAAAAUGUGUAAUCUAAUAUCUUUCUAUGUAGCUUUCAAAAUCUCUGGUUUAGUAUGGUUUACCAGUUUCCUGUGCAAUGGAGGUAUUUUGUAGAAUGUAAUAGACCUACAAAUGAAGAUCAGUGCAAACCAGGUUUUGAGUAUGUGUUUCAGUCAUCCUAUUGUAUAAUUAACUUAUGGAAAUUGUGGUCCAAUAUAUCUAGUACCCAGUUUGGGAAAGACUACUUUGAAGAAUGGGAGUAAACUUUUCAUAAAAAGCAGUGAUAAGCCAUGUGGGGGGAAAUCCAAAAUCUAUUAUUUUAUAAUAGUUUAAAGACCAUUGAAAUUUAACCCAACAUUUUCUAGAACUCUCAAUCAGGCAAGAAACUACUAAAAUGGAAAAGGGAGGAAGUAAAAAAGUUCCAAAAUUAGGUCAGAUGUCUCAAGUUUCAGACUUACAGUUUGAAGUCCGUCCCUAAAUGACUAUAUAUUGAGUGUAGAUUCACUAUUAUUGGUUUUAUUGGUUUCAGGUUACACCUGAUCUCCAUAGACAAAGGAAAUGGUAUGAAAAUACAAAGAUUAUCCCCAGAUAAAAUGAAACAUUCCUUCUUAUUGUCAACAAAGCUAGAGAGUAAUUUUUCUUGGAUGCAUUGGUCUAAAGUCAAUUAUGCAAAACAAUGUAACAUUACUUAGUGACUAUUUUAUAACAGAACAUUUACCGUAUUUUUCGGAGUAUAAGUCACACCAGAGUAUAAGGCACAGCAAGGUUUUGAAGAAACAAAUUAAAA